CAACAAUGUCAGGCUGUCAGAAGGCCGCAAGGCCAUUAGCGCAAUGUCUGCGGUCCUCUCAAGCUUUGUGCCAAUCUGCAAGGGCGAUUCGAUUAUUCACAAGAUCUUCACGGUUGAGCGAGGAAGCUGUCACAGAAACAGCCUCCUUUACGACCACGCCCAUCUAUGACCCCGAGGCUGUGACGAGUUCGAAGGAAGAGAAGAAGCUGAUGAAAACUGGGGUCUUCCCAAUUGGAUCAAGACGUCGUCGUGCAGCGAUCAAGACAUCGGAAAACAUCCUUUUCGAGCAAUUACCAUACCAAUGUUUUCAAGAAGCGCGGAAGGUUUUGCAGGCGGACAGGGAAGAGAAGCUGCAAUUGAUUGCAAAGGAGAGGUUACGGAUUUCAAAUCUGAUAGCUACAGAUCCUAAGAGCAUUAAUGGAGGAAGGAAGUUCAAGCAGGUCAGGCUGGAUAGCAUGAGGCGGCAUCUGGAGUACUUGAAGAUCCAGGCGGAUAUUAAUGAUCCGUUAAUCAAGAAGAGGUUCGAGGAUGGUCAAGGGGACAUGACCAAGCCUAUCUACCGCUACCUUGCAGACAGGAAAUGGCGAGAUUACCAACGGAAGAUCAUCGUGCAGCGCAUAGAGCAACUUGCCGUGGUCCCAGACGUCCUCCCAUUCUUUGAACCUACAGCUGAGGUUCGUCUCGCAUUUCGACAGAAGAAUGUCCAGCCUGGCGAGUUCGUCGACUCUCGAAUCAGCGAGGUUUCUGCAAGAUUGAAGGUUCAGGUUUUCGAUAAGGGGGAACGACUUGUCACCGUUGCUGUAGUUGACUCUGAUGUCCCGAUCGUUGACAAGGACUGGUUUGCCUCGAGAUGCCAUUAUCUUGCUGCCAAUAUCCCUCUGUCGCCGACAGAAACCUCCCUUCCGCUUUCCAAGGCAACGGAGGGACAACUCAUACACCCGUGGCUCCCAGCUUUCGCGCAGAAAGGUUCUCCAUAUCACCGCUACACUGUAUUCGUGUUGCAACAGAAACCCGGACAGAUACUUGACACUGCUACAUUGAAGGAGAAGAUUAAACGAGAUGGAUUUAGUAUGAGGCGUUUCGUUGAUAGAAAUAACGUGACACCCAUUGGAAUGAGCAUCUUCCGGAGUAUCUGGGAUGAGGGGACUGCUGGAGUUAUGCAGAGAGCUGGUAUCGAAGGCGCAGAUAUCGAGUUCAAGAGGAAGAAGGUUGUAGCGUUGAAGCCGAAGCAGAAAGCUAGAGGAUGGGAGGCGAGACACGCCUCUGAUAAGUAUAAAUCGCUGAGGAGAUGAUGAUGUAUGAUAGGACUCGAAAGUUCUGAAUGUACGAUAUUAACUUGGAAUAACUAAAUAAGUGCGAGGUUUCAAUGUAGUCGGCUUUGUUUCAUUGAUUAGUACUUUGAAACGCGAGGCAUCCGAAAGGCCCCACUUUACUUGGUACAAUGAUAAGUGUUACUUUUUGG